UGUAGGAGCAGCAGUGACUCGAUACAGAAGCCACCGGUGUGGGCAGCACUUCAGUCCCCUGUCAGCACGCCCGGAGUGUGUGUGCGGGGUUGUUCCACGCACACAGCGACAGCCACGUGUAAGCUGUCAGGCUAGGGGCACGAGCAACCAAAUGGAAACAGCAUCGACAGCCAGGAGAUUUCAUCCAGGAUCGCGAGUGAGGACGGCGGAGUGUUGCUCUCGCAGCCGACUCGCCCCGCAGGCGGUGUAGAUACACCGACUUCCUUGCUUCGGAGUCUUGAUCAUUUCCCUCAGUAAGUGACGAUAAGAAUGAAUGGCCAUAUAUCAAAUACCCCUCCUGGUGGCUAUGGAAGUUAUUCUCCUCAAAUCAAUGGCUAUGGCUCACCAACAUUUGCUCAGGCAGAGAGGGAGCAGAAUUCCAGAACAAGUGCAAAGGCUCUUUAUGAACAAAGAAAGAACUAUGCACGGGACAGUGCCAGCAGCAUAUCGGAAACUUCCCAGUAUCACGUAGAGCAUUUGACCACCUUUGUUCUGGACCGAAAAGAAGCAAUGAUUACAGUAGAUGAUGGAAUAAGGAAGCUGAAAUUAUUGGAUGCUAAAGGCAAAGUGUGGACUCAAGAUAUGAUUCUUCAAGUGGAUGACAAAGCUGUCAGUUUGGUGGACUUGGAAUCAAAGAAUGAACUGGAGAAUUUUCCUUUAAGCACAAUUCAGCAUUGCCAAGCUGUGAUGAAUGCAUGCAAUUACAAUUCAAUUCUUGCAUUAGUAUGUAAAGAACCAACUCAGAACAAGCCAGAUUUGCAUCUUUUCCAAUGUGAUGAGAUUAAGGCUAGCUUUAUUCAUGAAGAUAUAGAAAGUGCAAUCAGUGACAGCAAGAGUGGAAAACAAAAGAAGAGACUUGAAACACUGAGGAUGAUCUCCAGUGCUGAUGGUGCUAUCCCUCCCCCGCCACGGGCUCCUGCCCCUGUUCCCCCAGGGACUGUCACCCAGGUGGAUGUGAGAAGCCGUGUGGCAGCGUGGUCCGCAUGGGCUGCGGAGCAAGGGGACUAUGAAAAACAAAGACAAUACCCUGACCAUGAGGAAACGGCAGAAAUGAUAGCAGCCAGGAUUGACAGAGAUGUUCAAAUUCUGAACCAUAUUUUGGAUGACAUUGAAUAUUUUGUUACCAAACUUCAAAAAGCUGCUGAAGCAUUUGCUGAGCUUUCAAAGAGGAAGAAAACUAAGAAAAGUAAAAAGAAAGGACCUGGAGAGGGAGUUCUUACUCUCCGUUCAAAACCACCACCUCCAGAUGAGUUUGUUGACUGCUUCCAAAAGUUCAAGCAUGGCUUCAAUCUUCUGGCCAAAUUAAAAUUCCAUAUCCAGAAUCCUAGUGCAGCUGAACUGGUUCAUUUUCUCUUUACCCCACUACAUAUGGUGGUGCAGACAACAGGAGGUCCAGAGCUUGCCAGUACAGUACUAAGUCCCCUCCUAACAAAAGAUACCAUAGACUUCCUACAGUAUACCGUCACCAGCGAGGAAGGGCAGUUAUGGAUGUCAUUGGGUGACACAUGGACCAAAGCCAGAGCGGACUGGCCCAAAGACCAGUUCAUUCCACCUUAUGUUCCUCGUUUCCGAAAUGGUUGGGAACCUCCUUUGCUGAACUUCAUGGGAGCUCCAAAUGAGCAAGAACUCAAUAAUUUGGCUGAGUCUGUGGCAAACUUUGCAGAGCAACAGCGGAAGCAAGAAAUAAAAAGAUUAUCAACUGAGCCUCCCAGUGUUCCCGACUACCCUCCGGCCGAUGGGUACGCAUUCAGUAACACAGUGUACAAAAGAGGGCCUCUGCUGGACCAAGGGGCAGCUGUUGCUGCCUUUAAGCAAACUGUUAGCCGCCAUGUAGAUAGAAACUAUGAAGCACACAAUAAAACACAGUCCAAGAAAUAUGCCAAAUGCAAGUAUGAAUUUAUGGCAAGAAACAACAGUGAGCUUUCUGUCCUGAAAGAAGAGAUUGUAGAGAUUCUGGAUGAUAGAAAGCAGUGGUGGAAGGUCCGGAAUAAAAGCGGCAACACAGGCUUUGUGCCAAACAACAUUCUGGACCCUCUGAGGAAUUAUGAAGGUGGUCUGGGAUUGCCAGAACCUGUGUACACCCGCACCAUUCAGAAACAAAGGACAGACUAUGUUGCUAAACAACCUGAUCCGGUUCCUGUUACUCCUUCACCGCCUCCGAUGCCUGCUCCGGUUCCUGCAGCUGUCCCCCUCCCUCCGAGCACCCCAGCACCCAUCCCAGUUCCUGUGCCCAAGGCGCCAGCAACUGUCAGCCGCCAAAGCAGCACCUCUAGCGACAGCGGUGGUAGCAUUGCACGAGACAGCCAGAAGCACAAACAAGUUCCUGUGGACCGCAGGAAAUCUCAGAUGGAAGAGGUGCAGGAUGAACUCGUUCACCGGCUCACCAUUGGCCGCAGCAAUGCCCAGAGGAAGUUCCACGUGCCACGGCCAAACAUUCCGGUAGUGAACAUCACGUACGACUCCUCGCCUGAGGAUGUGAAAGCAUGGCUGCAGUCCAAAGGAUUCAACCCUGUGACUGUGAACAGCCUUGGUGUGCUGACCGGUGCUCAGCUUUUCUCCCUCAAUAAAGAGGAACUGAGGACUGUUUGCCCAGAAGGGUCUAGAGUCUACAGCCAAAUUACGGUACAGAAGUCUGCUUUGGAGGCUAACAGUGGCAGUUCAGAACUGCAAGAAAUUAUGAGAAGACGACAAGAAAAAAUCAGUGCAGCUGCAUCAGAUUCAGGUGUGGAGUCUUUUGAUGAAGGAAGCAGCCACUAAAAGUCUUUCCUCUAUUCUUUAGUUCCACUGACCAUAGCAUUAUACAGUCCAGCUUUGCUUUAGUGAAGGGGAAUGUCUUAUUACUCUGUAAAAAUACAUAACUAGCCAUCAUAAAGAAAACUUACAGUAGUAUCUGCAGAAGUACUUGCUGCUGGCUUCUCACCAUUAAAAAUGAAAAUGAGAAAUCCAAUGUAAGUUCCUGACAGGUGAAACUAUUGGCACUAGAGUCACUUAUACCCAAAGACAUGCCUUGGCUUUAUGGAAUUAACAUUUCAGUGACAGGUAAACUGGAAUGUAUUUUUAUUUUUGAUCCAUCCUAGGAGAGUUGAGCCAGCAAUAAAAAGCAUUUGAACUCUUUAGUAAUAAUAUAGUUCUGAAUUCCAUCGCCAGCUGUAGUAUGCAACUAUGUCUUUCUUACAGUGCAUUCAGCUGCAGGAUGUUUAGUUGAUGCCAGCAAUCAAAGAGGUAACGUUUAGGGUAUGAACAGCAGCCCAGCAUAGACUGAAUCUUUCUUGCAUUGCUCCCAAGGUAUUUUAUUACUAAUGACGCUGUUUAUACCAAAAUAAUACUCUGUACUUUGAUUUUAUCAGUACUUCUCUCGUGAUGAACAAUAAUAUUACACAAGGAAUUAAUAGAAAACAGUAACACAACUCAGCUGAAAGAGGGGAUCAGAUCUGCUGUAGGUAGUCAUGAAACAAUUCUCAUUAUUUUUUUUUAAUACACUUGCCUUUUUUGUUUGUAACUUAACCUGUUGGAGGAACAGUGUAUAAUCUAGACUUUGCGUGUUGAUCCCAGACGUCAGUUUUUCCAUAUGUAAAAAGCUGUUGUUCCUUUAUGAAUGUAAUCUUUUGGAAAAUUGGAUUCCUGAAGGCAAAAGGGAGAGAAAAGGAAGCGACCCUUCCAGCAAAUAUUAUUUUUGAAGAUGCGAUGAUUUUUGUCACAAAAAUGUUCUGUUACUUCAGAUGGUGUUGUGAUUUUAUAUAUAAUAUAUGUAUUAUAUAUAAUAUAUAAUAUCACUUAAUUUAGACAAAUUUAAUCAUCUAGUUUGAUUAAGUUUCAUAGUGCCUUUUCCACAUGAAUCAGCUUAAAGUCUGCAAUAAACAGUAUUUCUUGUCUGUUAAAUAGUUGUAUCUUUCUGGCUACAAAGAUGGUAUUGAAAUAAGAAAGUGUUCUUGAUUUUUGCCAUUAGUUUGCUUUUCCUCUGUGUACAAGGAAAAAAAAAAAAAGAAUCCUAUUCAUUUUUUUCAUAAAAGAAAUUAAAAUCUUAAUAAAGGUGU